CUUUCAUUGUCAUUCAGUUUUGCUUUCGAUUUCGUUCGGUUCGGUUCGCAAAAUAAGUCGUCUUGUAAGCAUCGGGUUAGGUUUUGGUUACAGGAUCAAACUGCUUCCUCACUGGCAGAAGUACACUUUAUUGGUGGCAAAUCAAUUAGCACUCUAGAUUCUAGUUCCAGUGGUUUUUUGUUUCCGGAAAUCUAGGGUAAAAAAGUGACGGUAGCACACAGUGUUUGCUUACAGAUUACAGGUUUCACGAUUAAAGAGUGUAUUAGUGUCGCGUUUUUCGACAGUGCGCCAGGGCGUCCUUCUCUGUUCGCUCAAGUGGAUUCCAAAAUUUGCAACAUCAGCCGCUGCCCCGGUGCGACCAAAUUUGACUGGUUUGUUGUGGCCAGCCAACACCGCCGUCUGCUCAUUCCAUGAUGUCAUCGAACGGCGAUAAAUUACCGGAGGACGGCGCAUUUGCCGCCAGCAAGAACAGUUGGAAUCGCUACUACCAGAACAGCGUAGUGCAGCCACUAUUGACGGAUUUGUACCAAAUCACCAUGGCUUACGCAUAUUGGAAGUCGGGUAAAAUGGACGACCAUGCCGUGUUUGAUCUGUUCUUCCGUACCAACCCGUUCCAGGGCGAAUUCACGAUCUUUGCCGGUUUGGAGGAGUGUCUCAAGUUCAUGGAAAAUUUUCACUACUCCGAAACAGACAUUGAAUACUUGAAGCAUGCUUUGCCACAAGGUAUUGAGGAAGAAUUCUUCGAAUACUUAAGCGAGCUGACGGCGAAGGACGUAACGUUGUACGCUAUUGCGGAGGGUUCGGUAGCAUUUCCUAGAAUCCCUCUCAUCAAAGUGGCUGGGCCACUGAUUAUAGUGCAAUUGCUGGAAACAACUCUGCUGACCUUGGUGAACUACGCGAGCCUGAUGGCUACGAACGCGGCACGGUAUCGCAUGGUGGCUGGGCGGCACAUCAAUCUGCUCGAGUUUGGCCUUCGUCGGGCUCAAGGGCCUGACGGAGGCCUUUCGGCUUCGAAGUACUGCUACAUUGGUGGGUUUGACGGUACGUCUAACGUUCUGGCGGGCAAACUUUUUAACAUUCCGGUAAAGGGCACCCACGCUCACGCAUAUAUUACAUCAUUUACCGGCACCAAAGAAUUGAAGACACGUGUCCUGGGACACAAAGAAUCCGGCGACAAACGUGACCUGCUGGAACUGGCCAUCAACCAUCGGAUCGAGCUGUCGAAAAUCCUGGACAUCUCGACGGAGGAAUCGAGCGAGGGCGAACUGGCGGCGAUGGUUUCCUUCGCGAUCGCUUUCCCCGACGGUUUUAUGGCCCUUGUCGACACGUACGAUGUCAAGAGCGAACGGAAUGACACAAAAAGUACGCUCCUCGGAGAUUCCAGUUGUUUCCUAAACGCGUCCAACUGUGAUCUGUAUGGGUCCACCACGAUGACCGACGACCUUGACUCGUACCGACCGACCGACGACAUCACGGACGGUGACACUCAGAAAGCGGAGGCCGAGCCAAUGGAAGAAAAAGAGGAAGAGCAGGAGUGCGGUAGCGCUGACUUAAUCGAUUCUAGUAAUUGUUAUUAUUGUUGUGGUAGUGUGACUCGCGGGUUUGACUAUCCCGAGAACGGUCUUCUUCAGUCAGGCACCGAGGAUGGACUCCCAGUGAUCAGUGCUGACCUCGACACCAGUGGUGAGAAUGAGACUGUCAACUCAGUUGUUCCCAUCAUUGGAGAAUAUGCUCCCUCUGGAGAAGAACUCAACGGCGGGGUGCUGGCCAACAGUGACGAGCCGUCCGUCGAAAAUGGGAACGAUACUGGCGAUGACAACAACAUGACGCUACGGCCGAGGUGCGCCAGAUGUGAGGCCAAUGCGCGGGAAACCAAGAUCUGCGUUAUCGGUCACCUAAAGGCGGUUGGGAAGUGCUUCAGGAGUGGUUUGCUGAACUUUUGCGCCGUUGCGUUGGCACUCAACGAUCAGGAUUACCGAGCGGUGGGAAUUCGCAUCGAUUCCGGCGAUCUGGCCUACCUGAGCUGCCUCGCGAGGGAAACAUUCGAGCGGAUUUCCGAGUGCUUCAAGUUGCCCUGGUUCAGCCGACUAACCAUCGUGGCAUCCAACGACAUCAACGAAGAGACGAUUCUCAGCCUGAAUGAGCAAGGCCAUAAGAUCGAUUGCUUUGGUAUCGGGACGCAUUUGGUGACCUGUCAGCGUCAGCCGGCACUGGGUUGCGUUUACAAGAUGGUAGAAAUCAACAGCCAGCCGAGAAUUAAACUCAGUCAGGAUGUGGCCAAGGUUACCAUGCCCGGUAACAAGAACGUAUUUCGCUUGUACGGCGCUGAUGGCCACGCUCUCAUUGACCUGCUGCAACGGGUGGACGAAAGUCCACCGGAAGUGGGCCAAAAAGUGCUAUGCCGUCAUCCGUUUCAGGAAUCCAAGCGCGCCUACGUUAGUCCAGCACGCGUCGAAGUGUUGUACCAGAUAUACUGGGCCGACGGGCGAGUAACACAAGCCAUGCCAUCGUUGGAGGAGGUUCGCGAACGGGUGCAGGACUCCCUGAGGACCUUACGGCAAGAUCAUAAGCGUACAUUGAAUCCCACACCUUACAAGGUGGCUGUCAGCGAUAAUUUGUACAAUUUUAUUCACGAUCUCUGGUUACAGAACGCCCCCAUUGGCGAACUGUCAUGAUAAGUUAGCGGUCAUUGGUCGCUAUGUGAUAGUGUCACCGAUUCAAUUGCCUUUGAAUCACUUCUAUAUUUGUUACGUAACGAAACACAGCAACGUGUGUUACAUUUGGUAGCUUUUUGCGUCCUCACAGGACUAUUAAUGAAACGGUGGUUCAUAGUAAUAUACAAACAAUUCGCACCCGAAUAUAGCACAAUUUGAAACAUAAACAAAGAGAUUAACUAGAAGGAGACAAACCGGAACAGAUUAUGUUGUAGGAUCAUAGGUUCGAGCGUAUUUAUUGUGGUUGAUUAAAGAACAAAGACUCUCAAAAUGGAAGCUUAUUUUUUAGGCAAGUAACAGAUUUAGAUUAUGGCCAUUCCAAAGCAAUCUGCUGCUAGUUCUACAAAUCUUUGUUACUGAAACACUAUUUUCUAGUUUUAGAGCUUUAUGCAAGAAAAGUUGUUCGAAUUUCGUUGGCGCCGGUUUUGUAUCUUACAAAUUAACUUUUCCGAUAUAUUUACACUGAAAGAUUAAUUUUGAACAAAGCAGUUAAAACUAAAAUUUAGGAAGAAAACAAAAACAACGUAGCCGUACUAAUCUUAUACACAAACAGAUACACAAAUAUAUGCAAUUCACAUAUUUCUGUUAACUAAUGAACCACAAAAUAAAAAAAAACAAGUUAUCGUGCCUUCGAACACUACACGGAUUUUUAAGUAACAUUUAGCGAUAUUUUAAAGACGAGAACAUGAUUUCUCUGUAGUGCAACUACCGUAGCGUAUACACAUACACACGAUGCCAAUUGUUCUCAUUUCGGUUCUUAAAAAUAAGCUUUCAUUCAAGACUAGGGCGCACCAAAUAAGACAUUUUCUAUCCCAGUUUUUUCGGCUGUUAAAUUUAUACAUUGAGGAAGCGGAAGUAGAAGUAGUUUUUGAGCGGUAAGAUGGUGUUGGAAUAUAUUUUUAAAAUCCUUACGUUUGUAUGGAUUUGGAAAAUGUUUAAAAAAAAAUAGGGAAACAAAAACUUCAUGUUCUUUUGUUACCUUUUCUAAGUCAAUAAAAAGAAUUGGGUUUAUUUUCCCCUCUGCUGCCAUACUUUUCUGUUAGGCAUUCGCAUGUUAUUUCAUUCGAAUUUUGAUAUAAGCUUAAUUUUUUGUUUUUUGAAACAAAAAGAUUAAUCAAGUGGUAAUUGAUAUUGCGAUUUCUUUACUUCUUUUAUGCUCCAAUCUGAUAGAGUUGAAAAAAGUUGUUAAAACAUAUUAAAACUGUGUCUAUGAUAAAGAAAAAAUGCGCAUGGUAGUAUUUUGUAACACCAUAGCAACAUCCCUAUAUGUAACACAGCAGUAGAAAUACCCACAGCAACCCACUGAUUCAAAAACAUGUAACUUAAAAGCCACUUCAAGUAGAAGAAACAAAAACUCAAAUAACAUUGAUAACAAUUUAACACCUAGUUAAAUAAAAUUUGUACGAACCCACACAGUGUCUGGGCUUCGCUAAAUACACGUGACACACAACAUAAAUAAAAUGUUAUUUAUUGAAACCUGGGGAUUAGCUCUAAACAAAUAUCAUGUCACAGCAAUAAAUCUCUGCUGUUCACGUUUGAUUCUUGAUCAUUAA